CGUCGCGUGCGCGAGCCGCCGGCUGCUAUGCCUAUGCUAGCUAACCCAAGUCGAGUAGUAGUAGCAAAGUCCGACCCGUUCACACCAUCACCAUCACCAUCACCAAAUCGAUCUAAAAAUACUCGCCUUCUUCUCCACCCGAGCCGAGCAGAGCAGCGAAGAGGGCAGCGAAGUCGCCGACGAGGAGGAGGAGAAGGAGCCAUGGCCGCCAGGAGCUUCCAGGCCCGGUCCCCCAAGGAGGAGUCCGACGCCGCCGUCCAUGAGGCAGUCACGCUGGGAUUGAAGAACGCAGCCAUAUCUGGUACCGUGGUUGCGGUCCCCACGUUGGUUGGUUGCCGUGUCCUUCCUUGGGCUAAGGCUAAUCUCAACUACACCGCACAAGCACUCAUCAUAUCAGCAGCAUGCAUCGCUGGCUUCUUCAUCACUGCUGAUAAGGCCAUUCUACGGAACGCAAGACAGAACACCAUUGGGAAGAUUGACAGGUCAACCUGAUGCGCAACUGUACAUAUGAGAACGUUGUACUGAUUAUCCAUUUCUUCGAUAGCAGGCGAGGUUGAUGGGAGCAAUAGGAAUCCAUCUCUAUUAUUCCGUUCAUCCAUGGAUGAUUGGACGUGUACUGCAAUGAAUCAGCAAUUUUUAUGUUUUAAUCUUAAUUCCUUAUAUGAAAACCUAACCUCGCAUUGUAAAGACUAGGGCUGUUGCCUUUUAGACCAGUGAAUCCAGUUUGGUUCCAAUUUGAAGUUGAAUAAAAGAUGGAAAUGUAAUGCUCUUUUAAGCCCA